CUCGGCGAGGAGGCUGAGCCAUGCCGCCCCCGCUCUCGCCUCCCCGAUAUAAACCGCAGCCGCCGGCCGGUGCCCAGACCGAGCCUGAGACGCGGCAGUCAAACACACCAUGCGGGGACCCCCCACCCUGGCGCUCGCCUGCCUGGCCCUGGCCGCGCUGCUCUGCCCGCCCGCCCAGGCGUGGUACAAGCAAGCGGCCGGCCCCAGCUACUACUCGGUGGGCAGAGCCUCGGGGCUGCUGUCCGGCGUCCGCCGCUCGCCCUACAUGCGCCGCUCGGACGACGGCGGCGGCGGCCCCGACAGCAGCAGCAGCAGCAGUAGCGCCGAGGCAGCCGCGCCCGCCGGACUCGCCGCCUUCCUGAUGGCCGAGCCGCGCCAGGGCCCCGGCGGGCUCCGCAGCCUGGCGGUGUGCGUGAAAGAAGUGGCUCCGGAGCUGCAGAGCUGCCAGCUGCUGCCCAGCGUGCCCAGCAUCAUCCAGUGCAAGGCCGAUGUGACCGUCUCGCUGGACCCCGCGGACUGCGCCACCCCCUGAGAGCGAGGGAGGCAGGCUGCCCUGGAAACCCCGAGCGGAACACCCGGACCGGGCGAGGGGAAGAAAGGCAGGCAGGCAGAAGAAAGACGGGACGAAUCUUUCUCCUGGAGCGAUGGCGGGCAGGAUGAGGGACAUUCUUCAUUUCCUCCCCUUCUGCAUCCCAUAAUAAAUGCGCCUUAAACCGC